AUGUCCACUUCGGCUAAUCUCCGCAUUGUCCAGCCGAAGUCGGCGAGUCAAGAUUCAAAGGAAAAUGGGGAGACAGGAUUCGGCGGGUGGCACACGGCAGUCGUGACUCCGCAGGGUACAAAUGGACGCCGCGGGUACAGUGAGCGGGGCGCGUCUGUGCAGGGGCCAGACAAUGCUAUCGAUCGAGUGACGCCGCGGCCUCGCCGUUUGGGACAAUACACGCACCCAUACCCCACCUUACUAGUGACGUGCCUCCAGAGGCGGUCCUUGCAGAUCGUGGGCUUCAGCAACACCUCCCCCACGGUGCCCCCCCACCCCCGCGGCCCGAGCACACCCACCGAACAAUACCUAACAAUGGCCCCUCACAAUGGGCACAAAGCCGCCGCUGUCUUCCAAUUGUGCCGCACAAAGGAGGCCCCGCCCACAAACAAAGGCGGCAUUGUUUCAUCUCGGUACGCGGGCGGCGAUUGGUCGCCG